UAUAAAGAUACAGAAUUAUUAAACAUUUUCUAAAAAAACAAAAGCAUAUAUAACAUUUAUAAUUCAUUUUUAUUUUUAGUUUGAAAAUUAAACGAUAAGUAUUAAUUACUAAAUGCAUUAAAAUGUAAAGCAGAGGGGGUAUAAACAGAAGACCAACUUUCUGUAAAUCGUGACAAGCAGUCUGUAAGCAUGAUGUUGACAGUUUCUAAACAUUCAUCAUGCUGAGUUUAUCAAGAAUACAACUCAACAGUGGGAAAGGAUAUUAAAUCGCAAAGGAAUGAUGAUAGUGAUCAGCAAAGAUGUGAAAAUAGGCUGAGUGUUUAAAAAAUGUCCCCAAAACAAAGAGACCCCAGGACGUACAUUGAACAGAAACCUCUUCCUAUAAAAUCUGAUCUGGGAAAGCACAUAUUGGCACGAUCGGAGACACAUUAUAACUGUGCUGAACCAACAAGAGAAACUGUUUUCCGGCAGAAUUUUGCAAGAAGACAGAAGCAGAGGAAAGAACAAGGCUACAAUUCUGUCGAUUAUGAGCCAUAUAAACUUCUUGGAGAGCCAUUGUACUUAAAUGAAAAAAAGCUUAUUUUACAUGCCUUGGGACAAUUAGAUGAGAAUAAUGAAGAAUCAUCUAGUAGCUCUGAUGAAGAGGAAGAGAAAAAGAAAGACAAGGAAAAAAAAGAUGGAGUAGCAGGACUUGAAGAAGUUCCAGUUCCUAAGAAGUUUGUACUGACAAGGCGGUCAAAUAAAAAUCAGAAAUCAUUAUCAAAAGAAGUUGCUUCUGGAAGAAAAAUGGUACAGUCGGCAAAACUUGGACAUGGUGUCUUUAGUAUAAUUCGUCAAAAAGAUGAGGAAAGACGAAACGCAAAGGAAAUAGAGAGACUAAAAAGAGAAGAGCAAAGAAGGAGGGAAUGGCAACCACCUGCACAAGAUAGCUCAGACGAAUAUGAAACCGAUGAUGACCUCAACGAAGACAUUGAAAUCAACAAUUUUUUUCUUACACAAGGUCAGAGUUCCACAAAAAGUGUAGCAUUUUCACCAGUGUCUGAACAAGGCAUUUCUGAUGGAAAAGAAAACACGGUGAGGAAAUCUUUCAGUAGUAUGACAUCAGUGUCCAGGACACCUGACACAGUCCGGAGCAUAAAUAAAAGAAGGAAGAGCAAGAAGAAGAAACCUUCUGAACCACCACGCCCAUAUACACCGUACUCUACCAACAUAAAUACUGCAAUGCAUGUUGGAGAUCCACCAGACAAGAAGUCAAUAUUUCGUCAACUAUGUGCUUUGAAUUGGCUCCUGGAAGCCAUGAUAACCGAACCUCCUGGUGCAAUGAUGCCAAUCUCUUUAUGUUGGAAUAUCAAAUAUAAGGAACUUGAACAGAACACAUUCUGCAAAACAACUGUUAGAAAACUGAACAAAGAUAGAAGCCUUGAUUCCCGGUGGACAUCAUUUGUCACCAGUCCUGGUAUUGGCAAUUUUUUUCUCAAUACAGAUUAUUCUCGAGGAAAAAGAACAAGAAUGAUUGGUAAAUUUGGUACAAACUUAACAGCUGCCGCACAGUUCCAUCGAGGUCCACGACGGAUCUCCAGUGGACAAAUUCAUCCUGGUAAAGCUUUAUCUGUUGUGUCCAGCUCAUCACCAACAUCAAAUAUGUUUGCCACUGGAACACAACAGGAUGAUACUCUUAAAGAAGAUAGAGCUCUGAACCGGUCACUAUUAGACAUCCGUGAGGGAUCUGCAGCAACCAAGUUGGAUGACAAUGAUCCAGAGACAGCUAGCAGAAUAGAUAAGCAUGACAGGUCUGCUUCAAUGGUAAGCAAUAGGAGUAGUCAUGGCACUCAAGAGAAGAAUUCUUUAAAAAACCAAGUGCUUUCGAGGCAGAAAUUAGAAGAACGGAACAAGAUUAUGAACAAGAAGACACCAGAUAUACAAAUUCAAAAGUGGGUUGUUUCCACCAACAGGAAGCUUAGGUCAACAAGUGCUCCUGGUACAAAAACACAAGAGUUCAAGAUGUUAUUCCCAAGCAAGAAGCAUAUUUACCUUCCUGUUGACCUGAGGGCAAAGUUUGGUGAUGUUGCUGAGGAUAAAGAUUUGAUGCUGCAUGAUCAACUUGAAGCAAUGGAAAAGAAAAGACUUUGGAGGAGCGAGGAGAAAUUUAAAGCUAUUAGCACUAAGCUCCACAUAAGUACACAACUAGAUGAACUGAAGAAAGCAGGACAAGACCCAGAAGAAACAGCAGAGGAGAAAAAGAAGAAGAAAAAAGCUGAAAGUGAAUGCAAAUGGUUUUAUGCUUUGAAGAAAAACCUUUCACAAGAUAUAAUAAAUGACAUGCAAUGCUCUGCAAUUGUAGACAAACUGGAAAGCAUUGGCAACAUUCAGAGCCGGAAGAUAACUCCACAGAAAUUCUUAGGUAUUCUGUCAGGUCUGAGGCACUGGGAGAUCUGUUCACCUGACAUCAGUGCUGCAAUAGAGUUUAUCCGGGAGAAUGUUGUGAGCAUGAGUAUUGAGGAUUUUGAAAAUUGGUUCCAGUCUGAAAUGCCAGGCAUCGUGAGAUCUCAAAGUGCACCGCCAGUCUGAAACUCCAGGCAUCACAAGAUCUCAGAGUGUAUACAAAGAUAUACAAAUUUUAGAAAGUGCUGUCAUCAAGAAGAGCCAAAUAAAACAGGAACAAAGCAUUCAAUACACAUACAGUACUGUACCUUGCAGCAUGAUUAACUCACAAUAUAACUGAUGUUACAGGGUGCUUUUUCAGAGCAACUGACCUUGUGUAGACUUAAGUAAAUUCUAUGACCUUAAAUGUCAUUACUCCGGAUUUCUGUAUAAAAUCCUCCAUUAGAUGCAAGAAUAUUUUUUAAUUCUUCAUAAAAAUGUAAGUCGAGAUAAAUCACAGAACAUAUAAGGGUUAACUUUUGAUGUCACCACUGCAUAAACUUUGUCUGGCACUCAAAAGGUAUUUAUUUAAAUAUCUCAGGGUUUUUAAAAAACAUACAGUAUAUACAAAUAUAUAUGAAUUUCAUCUGUUUUUUUUUUUUUGUCUUUCUGAUGAGGGGAUAACUAGAUUCCAAUGUGAUAUACAUUUACAUUAUUUUUUUAAUGAUUUUAUGUUAUCUUCCUUUAAAUUCCAAUUGACUUUCACUGAAUCAAAGAUUCUAUACAUACAUUCCAAAAAUGCCAAAUUGUACAUUUUUGCUGAAAAAGUGUGAAUACAGCAGAUAUAUAUUAUUAAUUCUAGAAUAGUCCGAUUAAUGCAAUAAUACAAUAUGCAAUUAUCCUCUUCAAAACAAAUUACGAGCUUACGGAUCAAUUUCAAAGCUGCAAGAAAAGGAAUUGUAGGCAGCAGGUGUUGGCUGAAUAUAUUUAAUGACAUGUUAGCUACUAUGCUAAUAUGCAUAAUGUAUGGGUGUGGUCUAAUAACCACAGUGACCUAGAUAUGAAGUAGUGCUUUAUAUGAGUUAUUGAAUUUUGAAGAAUUUGUAAUUCAUUACAGGUAAUAGUAUACAAAACAACAUGGUUUAAGGUGAUGUAGCGAAUUCUACUUCCUUAAUCGUACAAUAACAAAGGAAGUACAAUUCGCUGCUUUAUUGCAAUAAAACCAUGUUGUAUUUGUUUUACUGUACCUCAUAAAUAUUAAACAGCAAACCAUUUAUCUACAUUAGCCUUUUCAAUCUGCAAGGGUAAAAUUAGAAUUUGCACACGGUUCGUGUAGGCUGGGGUGAGGCAGUCGAUUUCAGGUUGUACUUUUUUUCCCUGCGUUUACAUAAAUUUGGCACACCCAGGGAAACUACCACAAUGUUAUUGUCUAAUUAAUAAUUAUGAGGUAUAGUAAUAAACAUUUGAUGCAAGCAAAUUGGGAUAAUGCAGGAUGGAACAUUCAUCCAGAAAGCUUAUUGUAAAGGGGAAAUUUGAUUGAACAAAUCGUGCACAGUAAACCCAGAUUAAAGAUGUACAGUACUAUCAGUCAUGGGGUAAAAUAAUGAAAAUUUAAAUUGUACAUUUGAAUUGCUUAAUUUGUAUAUUUAAGUAUUUAACUUAAAAUUUGGAAUUUUAAGUUAAAUUCUUAAAUUUUAAAUCAUCCGUCAAUUUUUGGACAGUUUAAUAACAACUUUCCUCUAUACUUUUACAUAGAAUAGAUCCUUAUAUUGGCUGGUAAUCAAAGGUUUUUUUAGGUAAAAUAUCUGUAAAUUGGUGAAAUUUCUAUUUUAUCUGUUUCUCAUUGGAAGCUAGUAUUUAUUUGAUCCUUUCAAAUGAGCUAUUCAAAAAUUUAUUUAAAUUUUUGAGAUGUUUUCCAGUCUCUAUGACUGAUAGUACAUCUUUCAAUACUGUAGAUACAUUAUAUGGGAUAUGAAUUUCAUGGUUAUAAUAUUUUCUGAAGUGUGUACAAUAUAUAUUUUAUAUAUUCUUAUAUCUUCAUUUAUAUUUAGUUGGUAAUAAUGUUGCAAUAUCUAAUGAACAUUGAAUAUAUAUGCACAGAUGACUAAAAUAUACAGUAAUAUUUUAAAAAGUUU